AGAAGAAGAAGAAGAAAACCGACUCGUUCACAUUCUGGACGACCAUUCAGACCGCCAUGAACGAUCAAAGGAGACCAAGCGCCCUAUCUGUUGCAGGCUUGAACAGAGUACUCUGUCGCAUUCUCGUGCUCGUUUUCUUCUUCGGUUUCUCGUUCUGCAUUCUGCGUCCUUUCUUAAGAGGAACUUUCCGUCCGCGACUGGUCUCCUCAUGGAGAACUUUUGCACUGAAAUCCAUCUCCGGCGACUCUCCAGUCGUCACUGUGCAACAAACCGUACUAUUUCCAGACCAGGCUCUGAUUUUCCUAAAAUACCCUCAAGCAACCCCUUCAUUCGCCAAAGAUGAUAUCGACUGUGUUUACUUCUCCCCCAACUCAUCCCACCCACACCAAAAUCUCCAACCGGAUUCCAUUGACCGGGAAGAUCCCGACAUCCAGAUCGUACGGUGCCCACUUCAUCCACGUGGCAUCACCGCCUCCGUUGGUGUAAAAUCCAACGGCCAUCUCCUCCCAAUCGGGCCCACUUACCGUUGGGAUUCGUUAGCAUAUGAGGCCCUAAUCGACCGGGAUAAUACCACUAUUGUUUUCGUGAAAGGACUGAAUCUACCGCGCAAAAUAGUCGUGGACCCAUCUCGGUUCGAGUGCGUGUACGGCUCGGAUUUCACCACGUCAAAGCUUUUGCUACUAGCGGAGGUCGUAUCCAUCGGUCAAGAGAUCGUACGGUGCAAAACCCCUUUGAGUAUAUUGAGUGGCUCACGGAAUGUAAAUUCCUCCAUUAAGGUCUCGGUUAGAGGUGUCGGUAAACCCAUAAUAAGUUCGAUAGCCCGGUCCGAUCGUCGACUGGAUCUUGACCCGCCCUCACAGAAAAAACACCAAAUGUGUGUAUGCACAAUGUUGCGAAAUCAAGCCCAGUUCGUGCAGGAAUGGGUUGUGUACCAUGCCCGAAUGGGGGUCCAACGAUGGUUCAUUUACGACAACAAUAGCGAUGACGACAUUAGUAGGUUAAUCAAGUCAUUAGAUGAUAAGAAUCUCAAUAUAACACGACACGUGUGGCCCUGGAUCAAGACCCAAGAGGCUGGGUUUGCCCACUGUGCGUUACGGGCCAGGGAUUCUUGUGAGUGGGUCGGGUUUAUUGACGUUGAUGAGUUCCUACAUUUUCCUUCAGGCUUGUCAAUGCGUGAUGUUAUUGGGAAUGUGACUAGUAAUGUGGCUGAGUUGCGGGUCAAUUGCCAUACUUUCGGCCCAUCGGGCCUCAAACGGGUGCCCGCGAAAGGGGUAACGCAAGGGUACACGUGUAGGAUGGCUGCCGCGGAGAGGCACAAGAGUAUAGUGAGGCCGGAGGCGCUGAAUUCAACCCUAAUCAAUUCGGUGCACCAUUUUCAACUGGCCAGUGCUUUUGAGGUCGUGAAUGUGAAGGGAAAUGUGUUGGUGAUUAAUCACUACAAGUACCAAGUGUGGGAAGUGUUCAAGGAGAAGUUUUACAGGAGGGUGGCUGCUUAUGUUGUCGAUUGGCAAGAUGAAAAAAAGCUAGGGUCGAUGGAUCGAACUCCGGGCUUGGGGACCAGACCACUUGAACCUCCGGAUUGGUCUACACGAUUCUGCGAGGUAGUCGAUACGGGUCUCAGGGACCGAGUGGCUGAGAUGUUUACUGAUCCAAAAACUCAGAGGUUACCGUGGCAGAAGAAGAAAAAGUUUUGGUUGACCGGAACAAGAAAUAAAUUUCCGACCGUUAACUCCGAAACCCUUCUGCCCCUCUCUCUCUCUCUCUCUCUCUCUCUCUCGGAAUACCCAGAAUUCCAAGAAGCCCCAAACAUGUUCACGAAUAAACCAAACCCCGAAAAAUCACCCACAAAAGAACCAGAGGCAUCCGAAAAUGGGGAAAAGAUUGAGAGUAUGUUCAGCCCAGGAUUUAGAUCGGUGGCCGCAAUGGCGGGUUGGGACGAGGAGGCGAUUCUGGUCGCAAGUCUCGUCGUUGAAGACACCCCUGAUAGGGAUUUCAAGCAAAAGAAACGCUCCGAUUUACCGUUCAAGACUCCCCCCUCCAAUUCAAGAAGGAAACGUAGGGCUCAGAAAAGGAGUCCAGUUUUAGUAGCCAUGCCGGUUCUUGACCUUGGAGAAGAUGAAACAUCAAGAAAAGAGAAUACCAACACGGAUGAAGAGAAGAAAGCAGAGAGUGAGAAGAAGACGAUUGAAUCGAAAACUAACACGGAUGAAGAGAAGAAAAGAGGAGAGAAAGAAUUGACUGCCUCGAGUUCUACUCUUCCGUGUAUGGAUCGACUAAGGGAAGAGCUAUCUUGUGCAAUUUGUUUGGAGAUUUGCUUUGAACCAAGUACUACUGCUUGUGGACACAGCUUUUGCAAGAAAUGCUUGCGUUCUGCAGCUGAGAAAUGCGGGAAACGAUGCCCAAAGUGUAGGCAGCUAAUCAGCAAUGGGAGAUCUUGCACUGUCAAUACAGUCCUUUGGAAUACAAUACAGCUUCUGUUUCCGCAAGAAAUUGAAGCAAGAAAGGCAGCAGCUAAAGCCUCAAAUAGUCGAGAAACUGACCAUAAAUCCCCCCCUCCUCCGAGAGGGAUUAGUCACUACAAUGUGAGAAACCGGAGCAUCCAAGCCUUAAAUAGUCCGGAGGAUGAGCGUUUUCAAAGCACAAGAAGAGUAGGGAACACUUAUCAUGAAGGGAGGAACCACAUCGUGGGACCUCCCGGAAUAGCAAGUAGAGGAGACGAGGUAAAUGUGAGGAGGAGGAGGAGACGGGUGCCUGGCCAAGACGAAGACGCUGCCUUGGCUCUAAGGUUGCAGAGGGAAGAGUUCAUGGAUGUUUUUCGCGGAUCUGAUGAUCAAUAUAAUGGUUCAGUUUCCUUAGCCAGAGAAAACUUGAGGGCUAUGGCAUCUAGGGCCAUGAAUAUUCGUAUCAGAGGUCGGCCGUCAUAAGUGUUGAUUUCUCAUUUCGUGCUUGUAAAAUGUUCGUUCGAUAUUUUUCUAGAGAUUGCAGCUCAAUAUUCUGUCAGUUGUAAAUUUGUGGCAUUAUUCUCUUUUCAUUUCGUCCUUCUAAAAUGUUCAUUCGAUAUUUUUCUAGAAAUUGCAGCUCAAUAUUCUGUCAGUUGUAAUGUGGCUUUAUUCUCUUUUCAUGUAUCAAUCCUUGGAAGAUAUUGCAGCAGUGAAUCUGAUAUUAAGAAAAUGGACACAUAGAAAUUGUGUA